CCUCUUUGUUGCCCCCCAGAUUCACUGAGACGCCCCAGCAGCAGUUGUUCAGAUCGUCACGGCCACCCCUGCCGAGCUUGCACGUGUUCCGCAGCGACCCGUCCAUGCUGCACCCGCUCCCAGGAUGACGGUCCCCAGCAUCGGGGAUAUAUUGUUACUCUCCCAAACGGCUUGGAAAGUCGGUCGUGCUUUCACUGCGGGCCGGACCCACGCACCCACCGAGUUUCAGGACGUCGAGGUGGAGAUCAAUGCCCUUGCCAAAGCUCUUAAGCUGCUUGCCGAGGCUCUGUUCGCCGAGUCUGAAGAUGGCCUGCUGAAGCAAGCAGACGCCAAAACCGAACAUGGAUUUGCCACUAUUGUCAAUUCCUGUUCGCGAGCCGUUCACGAUCUCGAAUCUCUGCUGGACCAGUACCAAGUCGUCAAGAAAACGCGCAACUCCGGCGGUUUUGCCGUUGAAAGAUCAUGGAGUGACAUGGUGCUGGCGCAGUACAAGACCAUGAUGUGGACUACAGAUGGAGGAAACCUGCAGAACCUGCGAUAUCUGCUUCAGAUGCACGCAAACACCAUCACUCUCACUAUGCGUGCAUUGCAGAGCAAGUCGAUAACCCAACUCGAAUGCGUCGUCAAUCCGAUCGCUGAACAGGUAGACAGCAUUCAGCAUCGAACGCGCACCCUCAGCCAGCAACUUGAUGAAGCCAAUCGUAUCGUCAGAGACAUUGCAAGCCGGUCGCACUUCCCGCCCACGCCAAAUACUAUGGCCAGCUCACCAGGCACCCUUCCUCUUCAGCCAUCACAAAAUUCGCCAGAUCUUUACUUGGCAUCAGACUUCUUCCCCCCUCGGAAGAGCUCUAACAGUAACCGCCCUCGAUCUCCACCCCCCUCAUUUGGUUCCCCAGAGCUUUCCGCGCCUGCCUCACCGCCUAGAUCUACGCUGCCUUCGCCGCGGACAACUCGGAAACGGAUCUCCGAAUUCAGUGUCGGCGGCCCUGGGUCACGGUAUUCUGGCAGUGUAGCGUCCUCUGAUGGAGAUUCCAGCCACGACUCGAAAACCCCACUCCGAUACGCGUACUUGUCUCGUCAACCUUCCACGAAAGCCCCCAACCUUGCCAAGUCGGUGACAGACCGAGAGGCGCGCUCCAGGCCAGACUCCGGGGUGCUUUCGCCCAUGCUACCACCGCCAGCCAUGACGCUUCCACCUUUGCCAGAUACUGAGGCUGGUGCUGAAACAGCGUCUUUGAUAUCAGGGCUGAGUCUCGGCCAACAAUCCCCAUCUGCGGGAUCAGAAAUCAAGAAAUUGCAUCGAAGCUCGAUGACAUUGGUUCAGAAAGAGCAAUUCGAAAAAGUGGCGUUCCGGAACGCGGCUAUCUUAUGCGACGUCCGUGGUACCACAGUCGAAUAUGCGCAAAAAGUAUCGGCCGACGAGGGCUCUCACGAUGUUGAGAUGGUGGAAGCUUGCCACGAAUGUCGCAUUGCUGUCGUUCGUAAGCGCGAGGCGAUGGCCGAUGCGAAACACGAUAUCCGCAUGAUGACUUCAAUAUGGGUCUUUAGUGAUGAUAACACGGUCAGGCUAGAACUCAAGAUGGUGGACGGUGAGAUGUAUGUCCCGUACUCGAGCUACUUUAGCCCGGAGAAAGUCUCCGUCACCGUGCCGUGCGAGCUCAAAUUCCACGAUGUGAAGUAUGGACAACGUGUACUCAGGACUGCGAAGACGACCUGGAUCAAUUACAUCUUCGAGUCCGCGCACAGCGCAGCGCUGUUUCAAAAUGAGCUUAUGGGCCGCACACUCCUUGCCACCUACCGCACCUCCAAGACCUUGCGUAUCCACGAAGGCCUCUCGGGUGCCUUCUCAUACGCCGAGCAAAUGUGCGGCAUGGAGAAUCUGCGCAUCUGGGAAGACAAUGACUCGCUCGCCGUCAUUGUACUCAUCCACUUCAGCCCACAGUUCCGUAACGGCUACCUGGCUUUCUACCUCAACUCGGCUAACACGCCCAUUCGCGUGAAAGACGAUGGCGGCCGUGAGGUGAAGGUGAAAGGGUUGCGGGUGCCAUUGGAGGGCAAAGGCAGUGGGAGGAAAGACAGCGUUAUUGCAGAGGGAAAGAACAGGGGCGAGGGCGUUGACAAGAAAAAGAUGGUCACGGGCGCGCGGAUCGAGUUUGCGAGCGAGGCAGAGAAGAGAGAUUUUCUAAGCCUAGUUUGGGAGGUCCAGAAAGAGAUGCGGGAUCUGCCCGGCUUAGCGGGUGUGAAUUAGGACCCUAAACUUUUUGGUUGCGGCUUCAUUAUUGAAGAUUGUGCGAUGUUGUUGGUUCCGCUUUGUAUAAGAUGAGGGCUACGGCGGUAACCUGAUUUGGAUGACAUCCAGGACCU